GGUGGAGCGACCGCGGAGCAGCACAGCCUUCUGUGCCACACCGAUCUGGGAUCAGCACCGCGGACAGCACUGAUGUUUAUGCAUUAGCUUUUCUUCUUCUUUUUUUUUUUUACUCUUUAUUGUCCGCGACGAGCACAGCCGUACUUACAUGUACGGAAACUUUUAAUGCGCCUCCGAAUCGCUGUUCUUGGACGUAGGCUGUAACUUUUUCUCCCAGCUUAAUGUUUUAUGCGGUUUGUGUCGACGGUCGUUGCGUUGCUGCUGCACCUUUCAGCAGGCUACAGUGCAUUUCUUUGAAUUUUACAUUUUCUGCUCCGAAGGAUUUGCAUGUCGGGAAGUUUUUAAGUGUGACGUGGAAAGUUAAUUUAGUCGUUUUGCUCGGACAUUUUUUUAAUGAUGAAAUAUUUAAUGUGCGGACUAGUGUUUGGGCUGUAUUGACACAGUAGACUACUGUUAGGCUACAUUCACACAGCGUUUAUUCGCGGUUCACAGACGACCUUUUUCUUUUUCUUUUAAUUUUUAAAUUUUUUUGGACUGUCAUGUCGCUGGCACCAAAAUGUUUGUGAUUAAUAGCGAGGAGAAUGUGGCAGAGGGAGCUAAACUCUGUAGCGUCUGAACUGGCGGGUCGUCAAGAGGAGAGUGAACAUUCCCACAAGCACCUGGUAGAGCUGAGCAGAGAGUUCAAGAGAAAUGUCCCUGAGGAAGUCCGGGAGAUGGUGGCACCUGUUCUCAAGAGUUUCCAAGCCCAGGUGGUUGCUCUGAACAAGCGCAGUAAGGAGGCAGAGUCUGCGUUCCUGGGAAUCUACAAACAGCUUAUCGAGGCCCCAGAUCCCGCUCCUGUGCUGGAGGCCUCACAUUCCCUGGAGGAAAGGCUGCAGCAGCUUCAGAGUUCAGCCCCAGACAGCGAGGCCCUGGUACGAGAGAUCAGUGGGCACUGGAAGAAACACCUGGAGUGCCUUGAAAAGACAGAGCCCACAGAGGACGAUCAGGCAAUCUCAGACACAGCAGUGAAUAAAGAGGCCCCAGAAUCCAGCUCUCCAGCCGCCCUGAUGACCCCAAACAGCACCCCGGCUUCUGGGGCCCCAGACUCCCCACAGCAGAACCACCGGGAUCGAGCUAAUGAUGGCCGGGAGGAGGAGGAGAGCGCUGAUGUUAGCUUGGCUGACAGACUAUCAGAGGCCGAGGAGAAGAUCAAAGUUCUGCAUUCAUCUUUGAACACUGCACAGACAGAGCUGCUGGAGCUGCGGUGUAAAUACAACCAGGAGAUGACGAACAAGGCGGAGGAGGUCGGCGGCAUCAUGGCAAGUCUUGAGAAAGCAAACCAGAGAGCGGAAAUGGCUCAGAGGGAAGUGGAAAGGCUAAAGGAACAGCUAUCCAGUGGCCACGGCGUCACCGCAGGGAGCUGCCAUCCAGCAGAGGGCACUAGCAGGGAGAAGAACGAGAAGGGAGAGGUGUUGCCCUCCCAGCUGGAGGCUGCCUUGCUGGCUAAAGACCGUGAAAUCCUCCGCCUUCUCGAAAACAUUCAGCGGUUGCAGUUCACACUGCAGGAAGUUCAAGAAACCUCAGCCAAUCAGAUUCUAGAGCUGGAGCGCCAGCUAGCCUAUAAGACAGAAGCUAUAGAGAGAUUAGAAGCUAAACUGCAAUCCCAGAUGGACUAUGAAGAGAUUAAAACUGAACUCAGUAUCCUAAAGGUAAUGAAGCUGGCUUCAGCCAAUGGCAGCUCAUCCCAGGAUUCUGCUAAGGCUGCAGAGGCUCUUUUGCUGGAUAAAGAGGCCUUUCUUCCAUCUCACAAGUACCUGGUGGAUAAGACCCGAAUACUACACAGCAAUGAUGAUGACCAUUCUGAGGAUGCAGGCAGGGAGAUAGGCAGGCCGCCCGGAUCCCACUCAUCCUCCUCUCAGGUGGACAGUCGUGCCUCCCCCAGCCCCGGUCCCCCCACCCUGGACCGCUCCUCCUCCAGCCACGAUCUCCCCCGGCCUUUCUCAGUGUCGCCGUGCUCCGGGGACCGGCUGUCAGGAGACCACAUCCUCCACAAACAGCUGUUAUCUCCACACUUUAAAAAGGAUGGCCUCAUGGCUUUCCCUACCGCCCUCUAUGCAGCCAAAGUCGCGCUUAUGUCGGCCUCACAAGGGCCUGUGGGGGCGGGCAGCGUUGAUGCCGGCUUGCCCAGCGACCAGUCAGAAAGCGGCAGCUCGACCGCAGGAGACGAUGACCAACUGGACACGGCAGAGAUUGCCUUCCAGGUGAAGGAGCAGCUGCUAAAGCAUAACAUCGGCCAGCGAGUGUUUGGCCACUAUGUGCUGGGCCUGUCCCAGGGUUCGGUCAGCGAGAUCCUGGCAAGACCCAAACCCUGGAGGAAGCUGACUGUGAAAGGCAAAGAACCUUUUAUUAAGAUGAAGCAGUUUCUGUCUGAUGAACAGAACAUUCUGGCACUCAGAACCAUCCAGGUCCGACAGAGAGGGAGCAUCACUCCACGCAUCCGAACUCCUGAAACUGGGUCAGACGACGCCAUUAGGAAUAUCCUGGAGCAGGCUAAGAAGGAGAUCCAGUCCCAGAGGGGUGAUGGCAAGUCAUCUCUAAACAGCUCAUCAGGCAGAAGCAGUAACGGGCCUGGCAGCAGCUCUGACGAAACCAUAAAGAGCAUCCUCGAACAGGCCAGGAGGGAGAUGGAAGCUCAGCAGCAGGCCCUGAUGGAGAUGGAAGUGUGCGGCAGGGCUUCGACUGCUAGCUCAGGAGUUCAGGUGGAACGUCUGGGGCCCCCUGAGCGCUCCAGGGGCCUGCCUUUACCCGUCUCCAUCAAGCAGGAGGAAGGGGGCUGCAUUACAGUGUGCACAGCCAACCCCGUGAGCAGCCCCCAGACACCCCUCAGCGUCCUCUCCCCUGCCGCUUUCGUCCAGAACAUCAUCCGCAAAGUCAAAUCAGAAAUCGGCGAAGCGGGCACCUACUUCGAUCAGCACUGGUCUCAGGAGCGGGGAUCUAUGGUGCUCGGUGGUGGAAGCAGCUCUCGGCCCUUCAGCUCGGUCUCCCCUUCCUUGUCUUCCUCCUCCUCCGGGCCCUCCACCUUACCCCGACCGUGGCUGCGUCUGGAGAACGGCGAGGGUCUCCCCAACAGUGAGGAGGCCUCUGCUGCCGAGGACGAGCUGGGCCUGAGCCGGCCGGUGGAGGUGAAGGUGGAGUCAGAUACCUCGGUAAGCGGGGAGUCCCCAGGACCCGGCCCGGGACGCCUUUCCUAUUAUCCAGCAUAUAUCCCCCGUGCACUGAAGCCCACCGUGCCCCCACUGACACCAGAGCAGUAUGAGAUGUACAUGUACCGGGAGGUGGACACCAUCGAGCUGACCCGGCAGGUGAAGGAGAAGCUGGCAAAGAACGGCAUCUGUCAGAGGAUCUUUGGUGAAAAGGUGCUGGGGCUUUCUCAGGGCAGCGUGAGCGAUAUGCUGUCUCGGCCCAAACCCUGGAGCAAGCUGACCCAGAAAGGCAGGGAGCCCUUCAUCCGUAUGCAGCUGUGGUUACUGGAUCAGCUAGGACAGAGCCUUAACCAGCCCCCAAACCAGGGCCACACUCAGGAUAAAAGCCCAGUGACGGCCCAGUCCUCACCAUCCCCACCUCCCAGCCCGGCGGACAGCCACCCAAGUCCCCUGGUAGAGCCUGUGAGUCUCUCCCUGGAGAGCAGUAAAGAGAACCAGCAGCCAGAGGGCCUGAGCUUGGGAUUGUCCACCAACCCAGAGGGAGUGAAAUCCACUCCCAGCCUCAUGACCUUGCAUCAGCCCACAAACCCACUGGGCAUCCAGGAGCUGGUGGCCAUGUCUCCGGAGCUAGAUACUUAUGCCAUCACCAAGAAGGUCAAAGAGGUGCUAACAGAUAAUAACUUAGGCCAGCGUCUUUUUGGGGAGACCAUCCUGGGCCUGACGCAGGGCUCGGUGUCUGACCUGCUCUCCAGACCCAAACCAUGGCACAAGCUCAGUCUGAAAGGCAGGGAGCCCUUCGUCCGCAUGCAGCUGUGGCUCAAUGAUCCUCACAAUGUAGACAAGCUGAGGGCAAUGAAAAAGAUGGAGAAGAAAGCCUAUUUGAAGAGGCGAUACGGCCUGCUGAGCACCGGCUCGGACAGCGACUCGCCCAGCACUCGCUCUGAGUGUGUGAGUCCGGCUUUGGCCUCUCUGGAUUUGUGCCCCUACAGCCAGGCGAAGAAGCCUCGGGUGGUGCUGGGAGCCGAAGAGAAAGAUGCCCUGAGGAAGGCCUACCUUUUAGAGCCCUACCCUUCUCAAAACACCAUCGAGAUGCUGGCGUCGCAGCUCAACCUCAAAACCAACACCGUCAUCAACUGGUUUCAUAACUACAGGUCCAGGAUGCGACGGGAGGUGCUGAUGGAGGGUCUGCCAGACAAUGACACGGAUGCUGAGCACCACAGCUACUCCCCCUCAGUGACACGGAGCCCUCACUCUGACGGAGAGGAGAGGAGGCUGCAGCAGCCCUCAGGACACAUCCAUUCCAGCCUUCCUCUUAGUGCCAACACCUCACUGCCUCAUGUCAAACAGGAGGCAUUAGACAGGGAAGAUGACGCAGAGGAGGGAAGGGAAAGCUCGGCGAAACAGUCCAGGGUUCAGUGUUUUCCAACAGCCGUGCCGCUCCCGCAGUUGAAAAGUGAGCACGAGGACUCCAUCGCGGGCUGUCGCGAGCCCCACUUGGCAGGCCAGAGCCUGAGGCAGGAAGAAGGUCAGGGUCUCUACCCUGGAGGGCUCUCCGUAGACGGUCCACAGAGAACCAAUCAGACCAGGCACGAGGGGGAAGACUCCGGAAAGUCACCCGUCGACCCGGUCAGCUUCAAGGCUUCGUCAGAGCCCUGCCGCAGCAGCCUGGAGGUCUCCCUCAACUCGCCCUCUGCUGCAUCCUCACCUGGCCUCAUGAUGUCAGUGUCGCCCGUUCCCUCCUCCUCUGCGCCCAUAUCGCCCUCGCUGCCCAACCCUCCAUCGACGAGCACCAGUCACAGCCUGGACCCUAACCCGCCCCCUCCCUUCCAAAGUCCCAAACUCAACAGGAGCACUCAGAGACGCACGGAGAAAAUGGCCAACCUCAAUAACAUCAUCCACAGGUUAGAGAGAGCAGCCAAUCGAGAAGAGACUCUGGAAUGGGAGUUUUAAGUCCACUUUAGGUGUAUCCAAACCUUUGCGCCACACAGGAGAGUCUCAGAAGCUUCCUGACGUCUUUAAAUGGAGCGUGGCUCCUGAAGGCCUGUCCUCCAAGAACGAUAACUCACAGGAAAUGGGAACACGGAGCUAAUCAUACGGUUGAAUUCCCUACAAGAACUUGAGAGUUGAAAAAAAAUUUAUAAAUGUGUAUUAGUUUGUUUGUUUUUUUCCUUUUGAUAAUGCAUACUACUUUGAAAUAUAUGUGACAGCACUAGCUGUCGUUUUACUUAUUGGACUUGACAUGAAGACUUUUGCAGCUAUGGUGUCAUCAAAUGUACACUGAAGUUCUGUAGAUUGCCACUGGGUGAGAUUAAAAGAAGACCCCUGUCUUAAGCCAUUAAAAGCACUAUAACUAUUUGAAAAGAGACACUGACCAAAUUUGCUACUUUUUGAAUAGCAAUUUUUCAGAUUUUGUCUGUAAGACUGGACAGUUUAAGUCAAGUAACAUGAAAUCCUAUUACUGACUGAGGGAUAGUCCUUUAAGACUCUAAAUAUUCAACAUCUUGUAUGUACUUAGUUUCCUGGUGAUAUGUUUUGAAAUAUUUGUAACUCACUCGUAUAAAAUGUGGUUGUACAUGUUGUAGAAUUGUCUGCAAUAGCCUUCUCUAAACCUGAUGUAGCAUGGUACUCACCUGACCCUGUUUAUCCUCUGUAGUUAGUCACCUGUGAUUAUACUUGAGCGAAAACACGAGAAAAAAGAAAAAAGUUGAAAACCCUGCAAAAAACGAGAAAAAAAAGGAAAUGUUAAACCUAAUGAGUAGAGUACUUUUGAAGUGUUUUUGGUUUCUUUAGUUUGCUUUGAAUAAUCCUCGAGGUUUACAGUUUAGGGCCCUUGUGCUUUUGGUAGUGAGUGCAACAGUCACUUCGCACGAGCACAGUUUACACGAUUUCUUUCAGACUUACCUCUCUGACUCUCUAAGGCACUGGUUCUCAGACUGUAACGGGCCAAGACACAGGACACCCAGUUUACCUCAGAUUAUGUUGAUGCACAUCAUGCGACGACCAUGCGUUCCAUUCUUUUGCAUAAACACGACGCACACUUGUUUGGACCGACGGAGGGAAGGCGCUGGCGUAUCAUGCUUCGGGUGCGAGCUCACGCCUCAGAGGGUCAAACAAUGAAGCGAGUGGUGGUGGCGAUUGGGGGGCUGGGGGGUUACGAGAUAAAUCUGCUGCUGUUCGUCCCUUUGUAUGUGUUAUGGAGUAACACCUGAUUGAUUGCACAUUCUGAAAAUCUGCGUUUUACUGUAAAUGAUACGGAACAAAACACCUCAAGCACAGAGAUGCUGUUUAGCUAGGCCACCCCUGCUCUGCGUUGAUCUACUUUGAGGCUGAAGUUCCCAGUGUUUAAAAGCAUGAUACGUACAGUGUGACCUCUCAUCAGUCUGUAAGUAUGCUAUAUUCAAGAACACAAAAGGUUACAGGUAUCCCCUCAUAUUAUCUUUGACCACGUGUGUAUUGUGUCUGUAGACGUUUCUUUGUCAUGCUUGCAAGAUGUUCUUUAUGUAUUUUGCCUCUAUUUUAUACUCAGAACAGUUAACUAGAUAUUCAAUACCUCGUGUAUGAAGUACUUACAGCACUUAGAUUUUUUUGAUAAUUGUGAGGACUCAAGAAAAAUUUCAAAUAUCAACAUUAUCCUAACUUAGUGUCCACAAGUCUUUGCCUUUACUGUAUCGUUGAAGUUGGUAGUGAACACUUGCACAUGUCUACAUAGUUCAGAGGACUUGGAUUGUAUUAUGUAGAGAUAUAUAUUACACAAUUACUAAAAAAAAAUACUAUCUUACAUUCUUGGAACAAAAAUGUGCUGAUUAUAUUGAAAUAGAGUGUACAGAUUUAAUAAACCAAACCCAUUCAAGCCAGUUCUGGUCUGGCAAGCUUGCCCACGUUUUAGACCUUCUCUCAGGGUAGUCUUGCUUUUUAAAGCUUUAUUGAAACAGUUGCUCUCAUCAGUGGUGUUGAAUAUGAAAACUAUGUGACGUGGAGAAUGACUCCAUUAAAUAUUCGACGAACAUGUGGAAGUUGUAUGAUUAUGGGAUUUUCGACACUCACACGGAGGGGAAAAAAAGCGGAUUGUUGGAAAGUCGUGGCUGUUUUGUAAUUCAUUACAUGGAUGUGUCAAAGUACAGUGUCGAGCGGAACCACCAGGAUGAGGCUAAAUGGGUUGCAUUUUUUAGAUCAGUAGACUUUGCUCUUGGAAAUACUGUUUGGUUUUUUUUUGUUUGUUUGUUUUGUUUUGUUUUGUUUUUUUCUUGGAGCCACAGAAGAUUUCUCUCUGGUUUUCUUACCAUCAUAUUUUGUGCAUAAUAUACUGUAUGAUUAGAAGUGGCAUUUCUUAUGUGAAAGCUUCAUUGUUUCUCAAGGUAACAUGGACAUAUGACUGAAAAUGAAAUGUAUUUACCCAGACCAUUAUCUCUUCAUGUAAAGCUCAUCUCAUUGUUUUGCAUGCAAAUCCAUUCUGCUCACACAACAAGGGAUAGACUGUUUUUGUGUUAUUGUUCUUGCACAGGGACAUUGAAUCAGCACUUGAAGUCUUUUUGCAUUAGGGAAGUCCACGCAUGGUGCAGCUGAGAAAUUUGCUCUCACAAACUUGUCAAGAUUACAGUCAAAUCAGAACCUGAGACUGGCCCUACAAACGUUAUACUUCCAGAUUUAUUUUGUGCCAUAUCACAUGCCCCAUGCAUUAUCCUCAUGGAGAAAUGCCUUGUGGUGAAGUCUGAUCCGAGAGGGGUGUAGGGCUUUUUGUAAGUUCAGAAAACAGCAAAGCUUUUUCUAUAUCACAAUAGCCCUACACAGUAGAUGUUUUAAUUUUAUAACUGACUUCAGUCACUAAAUAAUGGAGAAACUGAUUGAUUGGCAAAACUUGAAUGAAUGCAUUAAGAUUUGCUUAUAUAAAAAAAAAAAAAAUCUGGCACCAAGAGUUUGUCACCAAGGGAAGUUGUCAUUUAUAAGUCAGCUGUGGGCCAAUCGAAAGAAGCAUCCUUCAGGCUUAGAUAACUGUCUGAUGCCUCACGUCAGGCUAUUAAAUGUUAAAGAAUGGACAAUGGUAUGCCAAGCAUCUUGGAAAUGAAAUUGCAUAGGCUGUGUAAGCCAUCAGUCAAUACAUAAUUGUUUAAGA